ACCUCUUCUGUGGCCGUGGCUUGAGUUCAUGGUUUCAUCUGCUCACGGCACGUCACAGACAAACUGUGAUGAUUUUUGGCUCAAGGAUGAGGCCGUGUCCCAGCUGACCAAUCACAACACGUCCCCGCUUCGCUAAAAUCUGCUGAGUCAAUGCUUGUAUCUCCUGGUGGAGCUACUAAGACUAUUUCAAACAAACACCUCUUUUAGUGAAACAUACUGUAAACCCCCGGUGUGCGUCAGCGGCUGACGCUGCAGCACACUGUUGUUCUCAAUCAAGUACAAGGUUGUACCUUCCGGCUACAGGCGUCCUUCACAGGAAAAGGUUCCAUCCCCCUUGAAUCCAUGAGCUCCAGAAAGCACCGCAUUCCAGCCUGCAGUGGCCCGGCCCAUUUGUGACACUGCCUUGGAGACAAACCUUUCUGCUCUCGCACAACGUGGGAGGGCAGACGGUGCCGCCGCUCCACUCACUCCUCACUCCAGGAAGCGGAGCGUGCAGCGUCUGACUGCACUGCGAUGUCUCUGAGCGGCGACGUGUGUGUGGUGACGGGAGCCGGCGGCUUCCUGGGAAAGAGGCUGGUGAGGCUGCUGCUGGAGGAGGAGGCGGCGGCCGAGGUGCGGCUGCUCGACAAGCGCGUCCAGCCGCAGCUCGUCCGGGACCUGGAGGAAUGUGGAGGCGGCACCAAGCUGAGCGUCUGGGAGGGCGACAUUCAGGACUGGGACUUUGUGCGAGCAGCGUGUCGCGGCGCCUCCGUCGUCUUCCACAUCGCAUCCGUCAUCGACGUGCUGGAGUCGCUGGACUACAGCGAGGUGUACGGGGUCAACGUCAAAGGGACGCAGCUGCUCCUGGAGGCCUGCAUCCAACAGAGCGUCGCCGCCUUCAUCUACACCAGCACCAUCGAGGUGCUGGGGCCGAACCCCAGGGGGGACCCCGUGGUCAACGGCGGCGAGGACACGCCCUACGACUCCGUCCUCAAGUUCACCUACAGCCGCACCAAGAAGGACGCCGAGCAGCGCAGCCUGCGCGCCCACGGGGCGGCGCUGGCGGGCGGCGGCCGCCUGGCCACGUGCGCCCUGCGGCCCAUGUACAUCUACGGCGAGGGCUGCCGCUUCCUGCUGGGCCACAUGCGCGACGCCAUCCGCAACGGCAACGUGCUGCGGCGCACGUCCCGCCCGGAGGCGCGCGUGAACCCCGUGUACGUGGGCAACGUGGCCGCGGCCCACCUGCAGGCGGCGCGCAGCCUCCGGGACCCCCGGCGCCGGAGCGCGGUGGGGGGGCGCUUCUACUUCAUCUCCGACGACACGCCGCCCGUGAGCUACUCGGACUUCAACUACGCGGUGAUGGCGCCGCUGGGCUUCGGCAUCCAGCAGCGGCUGCCGGCGCCGCUGCGGCUGCUCUACGUGCUCUGCUUCCUGCUGGAGAUGGCGUGCGCGGCGCUGCGGCCGCUGGUGCGGGUGGUGCCGCCUCUGAACCGGCAGCUGCUCACCAUGCUCAACACGGCCUUCAGCUUCUCCUACCAGGCGGCGGCGAGGGACAUGGGCUACAGGCCGCGGUACAGCUGGGAGGAGGCGCGCAUGCGCACCGUGGAGUGGCUGGCGUCCGAGCUGCCCAAGGAGAGGGAGCGCAUCAGAGGCGGAUAGACGAGCGGGCCGUUGCUACGGUUACGGCUAGCGCUGACUGCUGCAGCACUAGCUUUGAGCUACGUGCGCGGUCACCUGUCGUUGCUCAUUGCUCAUGUCAUUAAAGUUGAUGGAGAAAA